GCUGCUGCCAGCGGGAUGCAGCAUUGGACCCGUUUUCCCGACGUGAGCGAGCGCGCUGAAACCGGAAGCUCCGGCGAGAGAGAGAGAGAGAGAGAGCGAGAGCGGGCUAACCCGGGACCGAGUAAAGUGACCCGCUGUUUCUUACGGACUACAGACGGAUCCCGUGAGGAGCGCCGAGACUCUUACCGACCACAGGAGGAAUACAGCGACCACUCACCGGACCAACAUUUCCAGCGGACACAUCUAAUGUCAUCGAACUCACAGUGCGCUUCUUUUAUAUCUCAGUUUGUUGUUUGCGUCUCGUGAAGCCAAGGAGAAUAAUCGUAAUUUCUGCGCACUUUGUGGAAGCGUUUGACCUGCGCAGCUGCACCUGCGCGUCCCCGGAAAACAUGGACGGAUCACCGGGGACCGAAACCGAGAGGAGCUCCAGAACAACGAGACGAAGGCGAAGAUCCGACGGCAGUCUUCUAGCCGUCUUCAUAAUGUGCUCUAAAGUCUUCAUCAUCCAGGCGUCAUCACUGCAGUUCUCCAAAGAGCCCAAAUCUCAGGAUGCCUUACAUGGCCGCAGCGCCAUCCUGCGCUGUGAGGUCAGCGACCCGGUGGACGUGCUGUUCUCGUGGACUCAGGACGGGCGACGCGUGCAGGACUCGGACCGCCGCUUUCAGGAGGGCAGCAACCUGAAGUUCAUGGCAGUGGAUCGACAUGCCGACACAGGCAACUUCCAGUGUGUGGCGUCCAGCAGUGCCACAGGAGAGACGGUGACCUCCGCCAACGCCUCCUUCAAUAUUAAAUGGCUGGAGAGGGGGCCGGUCACUAUGAAUGAACCCGCCUCAGAGGCGGAGCUAGAGGAGGCUGAGCGAAUCGUGCUGCAGUGUCACAUUGAUGGACAUCCACGGCCGAGCAGUAAAUGGUUCAAAGAUGGAGGUCAGCUGGGCGGAAAGGACCGGAUCCUCACGCUGAACGACCUCAGCCCAGGGGAUUCUGGGAUUUACUACUGCUGUGCUCGAAAUGCAGCAGGACAAGUGUGCAGUAACCACAACAUCACUCUCAACAUCAUCGAUAAGACUUUUCCCCGUGUGGUCGUGGCUCCAGUGGAUCAGGUGGUCCUGCGUAAUGAAGAGGCUGUGUUUCACUGUCAGUUCAGAGCCAAGCCUCCGCCGCUGCUCCAGUGGUUCCACGACGCAGAACCUGUCGUCAACAAAUCACGGUUUGUGGUGUAUGCUAACGGCACACUGCACAUCACUCAGGUGAAGCAGCGCAGCACAGGUGUGUAUAAAUGUGUGGCUCAGUAUGGAGAGAACAAACACGUGCAUGUGGAGGCCGCACUCAGGAUCGCAGAGAUUGAAGACAUGGGCGAGCGCAUGUUUCGGGUGUUCUCGGCCAACAGCAGAGAGAGGGUGAGCUGUGAGCCGCCACGGGGUCAGCCGGAGCCGGAGGUGUGGUGGGAGCACGCGGGUGCUCGUGUGCCGUCUGAGGGUCGAGUCCAUCAGCGGGACAGAGAUCUGAUCUUCAGCCCCACAGACAGCUCAGACUCGGGCGUCUACACGUGUGUCGCCCAGAACAAGGCGGGACAGAAGCAGCAGGAACUCGUGGUCACUGUAGCCACCUCUCCAGAAUGGAUCGUGAAGCCGCAGGACACACAUAUUGAGGAGGGUCAGCCAGGUUACCUGCACUGUCACGCACAGGGCACACCUGAACCAAGGGUCACAUGGUACCGCAAAAGCGUCCCGAUCAGUGAGGAGGGCUCUCGUUAUAAGCUCUUCUCUAACGGGACUCUGAAGAUCAACAGCGCAGAGGUGAAUGAUGGUCAGAUCUACAGCUGCACGUGUGUGACGGAGGGCGGCUCCAUCACAGCACACGCCCGGAUUCACAUACUGGAGAAGUUAAAGUUCACGCCUGUCCCGCAGCCGUCGCAGUGUCUGCAGCUGGACAGAGUGAGCAGCAUCAGCUGUGUCGCUACAGGACGAGAGACACCCACAAUACACUGGAGCAGAGCAGCAGACGGCGCUGAUCUCCCGCCUCACGUGAGUCAGACAAACGGAGUCCUUCUCUUCAGUACAGUGAGCCGCGCCGACGGAGGAAACUACACGUGUGUGGCGUCCAGCAGCGCUCAGGGAGAGAUACGAGCACAUGUACAUCUCACUGUAGGAGUUCACGUGGAGUUUAAGCUGGAGCCAGAGCAGACGACAGUCUAUCAGGGUCACACAGCCGUGUUUCACUGUCAGGCGUCAGGUGACCCGCAGCCGUACAUUCAGUGGAUGCUCAAAGACAAACUGCUUGGCAGCAGCAGCUCCAGCAGGUUUCAGAAGAUGCCCAAUGGCUCUCUGGUCAUUAGUGAUGUCACCACUGAUGACACGGGCCUGUACACCUGUAUCGCAGGAAACACCUGCAACAUCAGAGACACAGCAGCGCAGCUUUACGUCGUGGAGAAGCCUGUGCACCCGCGUGAUGGAGACGAGGAUAAGAGCCAGUUUAAGAUGUUCCAGACGAUCGCGCUGUCGGUGGCCGUGGCCGUGGCUUACAUCAUCGCUGUGCUUGGACUCAUGUUCUACUGCAAACAGAGACGCAAGAACAAACGGCUGCAGAAGAGCCGCACCGCAGAAGAGCCCGAGAUGGAGUGCCUGAACGGUGGCGCUGUUCAGCUGAACGGCCACAGGAUGGCUGAGAUGCAGGAGGAAGUUGCUUUAACCACCAUGGGACCCUCAGCAAACAUUGAUAAACAGCAGAGCUGCACUGACAAAUUGCACUUUCCCAGAGCGCACCUGCAGACCAUCACCACGCUGGGUUGCGGCGUGUUCGGCGAGGUGUUUCUGGCUAAAGCGAGGGCUAUAGUGGAGACCGAGGAGGAGACGCUGGUGCUGGUGAAGAGUUUACAGAGCCGAGACCAAACGCUCCAGUCCGAGUUCAGACGAGAGUUGGAGAUGUUCAGCAAACUCAAUCACGCUCACAUCGUGCGACUGCUGGGGCUCUGCAGAGAAACACAUCCACAUUACAUGAUCCUGGAAUACGUGGAUCUGGGUGAUCUCAAACAGUUCCUCAGGAUAUCAAAGAGCAAUGAUGGGAAACUCAAGCCGCAUCCCAUCAGCACUAAAACUAAAGUCUCCAUCUGUGCUCAGGUGGCUGAUGGGAUGCAGCAUUUAUCAAACCAGCGUUUUGUGCAUAAAGACCUGGCAGCCAGAAACUGUCUGAUCAGCGGACAGAGACAGGUGAAAGUGUCCGCGCUCAGUCUCAGUAAAGACGUCUAUAACAGUGAGUACUAUCACUACAGGCAGGCCUGGAUUCCCCUGCGCUGGCUCCCGGCCGAGUCAGUCUUUGACGGCGAGUUCUCCAGUAAGUCAGAUGUGUGGGCGUUCGCUGUGCUCAUGUGGGAGGUGUUCAGUCUGGGCGAGCUGCCGUACCCUGCGCUCAAUGAUCAGCAGGUGCUGGAAGGUCUGCAGGCUGGUCAUGUGAGUCUGUCUCCUCCAGAAGGCUGUCCUGCUCACAUCUGCAGUCUGAUGAGCCGCUGCUGGGCGUCCAGCCCUAAAGAACGGCCCACGUUCAGAGAGAUCGCUCAGACUCUGGCUGAUGUUCCCGCGGACACUAAAGUCUGAAGCAUCGCCAUCAGUACAAUCAGAGACACACUUCAGACUCGAGUCGGUGCCGUGACGCGCUCAGGAUCAGGCUUUCACCCGCCUUAAACACGCUUCUGUCACACAAAUCAUCUGUUUACGGUUUUGUAGUUCGGCCGCUUCGCUCCGACCCGAAGCUUCCUUUCUCAGGGACGCCAGAAGGAGCUUCAUGUCAGGGCGGUGAACUUUGACCUCUGACCUCUUGACAAUCGCAGCUCCGUAAACGCAGGAGGAGGUACUGCAGAUGUGCUCGUGUCGAGGAAUCGGCAGUGAUCAGUGUGUGUGUGUGUGUGUGUGUGUGUGUGUGUUUCCACAGGAUGAUGUCACGUCAGGAAACGCAUCAUUAGUGGAAUUCACUCGCUUGUAUUGAGAGACUAGAGACUGAAAUACGAAGCUAUAAUCCCAUUAACAAUUAUACACACUGCAAAAAUAAUGUUCUUCCUCAGUAUUUUUUAUUUGUUUUUUUCUUUUUUAGUUUUGUUUUUGUUUUAACUUAAUCUUCAGUCAUUUUGCUUCUCCAGUUCUUGAUUUAAGAAUGUUUAGAUAUUUGUGCUGGAAAACAAGACAAAAACAGUGAGGAAGAACAUCAUUUUUUGCAGUGCACUAAUUGAGGUGUAUGUUUGGUGAAAGAGGUUGUUCGUAAUGAUAAUAUGAUCUUUGUUUCUUUGAGGUGCUCACAGGUGACUGUGUUAUUGUAAUAAAUUAAUAUGCAAUGCCUCAGAUUAAGCCAUGAUUAAUCACAGUUUUAUCUUUAUUCCCAGUUUACUGUCAGUAUCCUCCAGAGUCCUUUUGAUUGUUUUUGAUUUUCUGAAACCCACAAGCUUCAGCAGAUGACACUUCAAACUUCAGAUGUGAUGUAGGUCAGCGCUUCUCAUCGGGAUCCACUAGGGGGCCUCAUAUGAUUCAAAAUGAACAACACAAGCAUUAAAAUCAGCUAAAACAACUAAAAAUCAAGAUAUUUUUUUGUCUUUGAAGAAGCAGGAUUCUAUGGAAGCUUGUUUCCACCGCUAAAUAAAAAAAUUACAAAGGUAAUUGUGACUUUUUAUCUCUCAAUUCUGACUUUUUUCUCAGAAUUGCAAUAUUUAAACUCACAAUUGCGAGUUAUAAAGUCAGAAUUGCGAGAUAUAAAGUCAGAAUUGCAUGAUAUAAAGUCAGAAUUGCGAGAUAUAAAGUCAGAAUUGCAUGAUAUAAAGUCAGAAUUGCGAGAUAUAAAGUCAGAAUUGAGUAAUAUAAAGUCAGAAUUGCGUGAUAUAAAGUCAGAAUUGAGUAAUAUAAAGUCAGAAUUGCGUGAUAGUCACAAUUCUGAGAAAAAAAUGCCAGUCUUUUUUCCCUCACAAUUGGACAUAACACGUAAUGGUGUUACUUUUUUCUCACAAUUGCGAGUUUAUAACUCGCAAUUCUGACUUUAUAUCACGCAAUUGUCUAUAACUCACAAUUCUGACUUUAUAACUCACAAUUUUGACUUUAUAUCACUCAAUUCCGACUUUAUAUCACUCAAUUCCAACUUUAUAUCACUCAAUUCUGACUUUAUAUCACUCAAUUCCGACUUUAUAUCACUCAAUUCUGACUUUAUAUCACUCAAUUCCGACUUUAUAUCACUCAAUUCCAACUUUAUAUCACUCAAUUCUGACUUUAUAUCACUCAAUUCCGACUUUAUAUCACUCAAUUCUGACUUUAUAACUCGCAAUUCCGACUUUAUAUCACUCAAUUCCAACUUUAUAUCACGCAAUUCUGACUUUAUAACUCGCAAUUCCGACUUUAUAUCACUCAAUUCCAACUUUAUAUCACUCAAUUCUGACUUUAUAUCACUCAAUUCCGACUUUAUAUCACUCCAUUCUGACUUUAUAACUCGCAAUUCUGACUAUAUCACGUAAUUCUCCGAAAAAAAAGUCAGAAUUGUGAGACAAAAAGUCGCAAUUACCUUUUUUAUUUUUAUUUCAUGGAGGAAACAAGCUUCCAUAGGAUCCUCAGGGAUAUACGAGGAAACCUCAUAUUAAAAGUGUGAUUUCUAGACCUGGAAAAGUCAUGAGAAUUAAUAUAACAUAUACAUCUUACUAGUUAUGCCAAGCUCUAAAAUAUUUUAUCAGGUAGUAAUUGUGAGCAAACUUGCUUUAAAAACCAUUAAUCCCUAUUCACAGAUGACUGGAAAUAUCAUGCUUAUUCUUUGGUUAAAAGAGCAGGAAUCCUGAAGUUUUGUGCACAGAAACUAGGAUUGUCUGUAGAUUAGAAUCCAUUUUGAAAACCAAUCUUUUUCAUUACAGCAGAUAUUAUUGUGGGCCGUGGAGUCAGAGGUUGAGAUGUUUGUAUUUAUGAUGAAGGUUCUGUGAUUUUAACACAGCCAGUGUUGGUUUUAUUCUCCCGUCCCGCAGCAGAAACUCAUCUGGACUGUUUCGCGCUCAGUGGUUUUCAUCAGGUCAAUUCUGACUUUUAAUACUAAAAGUGCCUAGAACAUGAAGGACUUAUUUGCUGGGUUUUUUUUUUUUUUUUUUUUACAGUGUCUUUUGUAAUGCCGUUAAAGCUUAUUGUUUUUAAGAACUGCUUUUAUAUAAUCGUUUCAUGUAUUUUUUUAUUAUUGUUGUUUUAUUUGUCGUUUGUUUUAAUCUCUGUGAGUUCAUCCUCACUGUCUGUUCACUGUUGUUCUCUCACACCGUGAUGCUUUUAUAUUCUGCUUUAGUAAAGGUCACAGUAAUCCAGAUGUAAUGCUGCUCAUUAAACAGUCAUGUUUUUAACA